AUGAAGAAGUCUUCACUCUCGGGCAACGAAUCCCCUCGAGGGAACGAGGAUGUUGAGGAAGUUGUUGGUGAUAACCAACCUGUUGAUGCGGUGUUCGGUCAAAUCAGGGAAGGGGGACCUAACUACCGCAAUGUCGGAUGGUUAGGUACCUCAGUCCUUAUGAUGAAGACUCAGAUUGGUCUCGGCGUUCUGUCUUUCCCUGUGGUUUUCGAUACCCUCGGUAUGAUUCCGGGAGUUAUUCUCAUGCUUACCAUCAGCGGCAUGACGCUAUGGUCGAAUUACAUGGUCGGCGUCUUCAAGCUCAACCAUCCUGACGUGUACGGUCUUGACGAUGUUGGGGAACGUAUCUUUGGGCGAAUUGGUCGCGAAAUAUUUGGCGUAAUUUUCGUUCUAUGUGAGACUUUCGUUCAGGAAAUCGGUCAAAGAAGAUGGAUGCUAACCAAGAUGCGAUCAGUUCAAAUCUUCACUGCCGGUUCCGCGGUUAUUUCGGUCUCGAUUGCACUCAAUGCCCUGUCAAUGCAUGCCACAUGCACCGCUGUUUUCGUUGCCGUUGCCGCUAUUGCAUCUUUCUGUCUGUCUAGCAUUCGCACACUCGGCCGUAUCAGUUGGUUGGCAUGGGUUGGCGUGAGCUGCAUAAUUAUUGCAGUUCUCACCGUGACCGUCGCUGUUGGCCUCCAGGACCGCCCCUCUGAUGCGCCCCAAGAAGGUGUCUGGAAGUCAGAUUAUGUCCUCUUUGCCAAUCCCACUUUCACCGAAGCGAUCUCGGCUAUCUCGACAAUCAUCUUCUCCUACGCAGGUACGGGGGCUUUCUUCCCCAUCGUGUCCGAGAUGCGAGACCCUGGCCAGUACAAUAAGGCUCUCUUCUUAUGUCAUUCCGUCGUGACUAUUAUCUAUGUCACAGUUGGAGUUGUUGUCUACUACUAUUGCGGAUCUUAUGUCGCUUCCCCAGCCCUGGGCUCUGCAGGACCUCUCAUCAAGAAGGUAGCCUACGGCAUUGCUCUACCCGGUCUGAUGAUGUCGGCGAUCCUCCUCUCUCAUCUUGCUAGCAAGUACAUGUUCGUUCGAAUCCUGCGAGGAACCCAUCAUAUGACGUCCAACACCUUGGUCCACUGGAGCACCUGGUUAGGCGCCACAUUUUCUACCGCUCUCGUGGCCUAUCUGCUCGCUAGCGGUAUUCCAAUCUUUGGAGGCCUUGUUUCUUUGGCCGGCGCUCUGCUUGGAACUUUCAUGUCAUUCCAGCCCAUGGGUUGCAUGUGGCUUUACGACAAUUGGUCUAAGGGCAGGGAGAACCCUAAUCUGAAAUGGCGUCUGAUGGUUUGCUGGAGUGUCUUCAUGGUUGUUAUUGGUUCAUUCCUCAUGAUUGCUGGGACGUACGGGUCUAUCGUGGGCAUCAUUGACUCUUUCAAGGCAUCUGGUGGCUCUAAAGCAUGGUCAUGUGCUGACAACUCAAAUUCAGUUUGA